AUGGCCUCGUAUUUUGGCUACGCUGUCGCAGUGACUGACAUCAACAACGAUGGGCUCGAUGAUGUUCUGGUCGGGGCUCCGAUGUACAUGGAGCGAGUGCCCGGGGGCCGGCUGCAGGAGGUUGGACGUGUCUACGUUUAUUUGCAGACCGGCCUCUUGGAAUACAAGGUCCAUCAGAACCUGACGGGUACAGACAUCUACGGUCGCUAUGGGACGUCGGUGGCGGGGUUGAGAGACCUGGACCAGGACGGAUUCAAUGAUGUGGCAGUAGGUGCCCCUUAUGCUGGCGACAAGAGCCAGGGCCUGGUCUACAUCUACAACGGGCGGCCUGAUGGCCUCAACAGUACCCCAUCCCAAAUCCUGGUGGGCAUGUGGGCCAGUGCCAGCAGUGUGCCAGCCAGUUUUGGAUUCUCAGCGCGGGGAGCGAUGGACCUCGAUAUGAAUGGGUACCCAGAUGUGAUUGUUGGGGCUUUUGGUGUUGACCGUGCUGUUGUUUACAGGGCUCGGCCGAUUGUCUGGGCAAGUGCCAGUUUGAAAGUGAGCCCCCCGGUCUUCAACCCUGAGGAGAAGGGGUGCACCAUAAAUGGCACUGACAUCCAGGUCACAUGCAUCAAUGUCAGCUUUUGCCUCAGUGCCUCUGGGAAACACGUGCCAGAGUGGAUUGGUGAGUACCAGGACAGGACAACGAACAAAGAACAUUCCAAUUUUCAGAGAACAAAACCCACACUUUCAAAACAGACGUCUGAAACCGGAAAAAAGAAACUCCAGGGGGACCAUUCAUUUCCAGCAGCCAUCAUGGUUCACAAGGCACAUUCAACGGAAACACAAGGGACAGAGGACUCAAUGAUAGCAGCAAUCUGA